AUGUCUGACUGCGAUUCCGAAACAGAGUUAACCUUAUCAGCCAAUGCUCUAGCUGCUUUAGCUGAAUUUAGACAAGAAGAAAAGCAACGUCAAGAAGAGUUUCAAAGAUUAUAUGAUGAAACAGAUAAGGAGUAUCAGAAAAAAAAGAAACAAGAAGGAAUGAAAUUAUUCCAAGAAGACUGGCAAUUAUCACAAUUUUGGUAUAACGAUUCUACAGCGGAUACACUUGCGGAUGCCCUUUUGGAUGGUGCAAACAAAGAUACAAUAAUAGCAAUAGUGAGUGCACCAUCUGUUUAUGCUGCCAUUCAAAAAAGGCCUGCUAAUGAAAUACCCACAGAACAUAUUUACUUGUUUGAAUUUGAUAAAAGAUUUGAAUUAAUGGCAGGUAAAGAUCAUUUUGUUUUUUAUGAUUAUAAAGAUCCAUUGAAUUAUAACUGUUCCAUUCGUGGGAAGGUCAACAGAUUAUUAAUUGAUCCUCCAUUUUUGAAUGAAGAUUGUCAAACAAAAUCAUCUAUUACUGCAAAAUCUCUUUUGACCUCUUCAUCAAAUAAAGAAAUGAAUCAAGAGAUCCGUUUAAUUUCUUGUACAGGUGAGAGAAUGCAUGGAAUUAUUGCUAAAGUCUACCCCUCCACUAAAAUCACCACUUUUUUACCAGAACAUGAAAAUGGUUUAAGUAAUGAAUUUAGAUGCUACGCUAAUUUUGAAUGGAGGGGAUGGUCCUUUCAAAGUUGA